UAUGACACUGCUCAUCUUUUCUAAAUAUCAUGUCACUAUCUGGGAGCAGCUCAGCCAGAGAGGUUUAAAAUGUGAGAACACUGUAAGAUCCUGCUUUUAGGUGAAGAGAAGAUGCUCUUCAUAGCUUCCAUAAUUUGACUCAAUCCUGACUGGAUUAGGUUGAGUCUGUGAAGUCCAUGUGGAUGGCUCAGGGGAGUCCUGCUGGUCUGGCUUCCCACAGGGUCAUUUCCCUGUGGCUACCAGGAUAGUGGCUAUGACAGAGCUGACCUCGGCUUCUCACGGAAGGAGGUAAUAGUCUCAGGAGUUCCUCAGCCCUGCUUCACCUCUUCAGAGCAUCUGAUUCACAAGAGCCUGCCUCAACACCACUACCAUCCUUAUAGUUCACAUGCUGAGGAUUUGGGGGCAGCCUGUAUUGAGUUUGUGAUCUACAACUUCAGGACCAAGGCUGGGAAGUGAGUACUGUUGUGCUCAGUAGCUUGGCUGAAUCAACACUAAGCAUGUCAGAGCUGUGUGCACCAUGGACAAAAGAAUGAGCAAGGCCAGCACUUCCGUCUAAUAUGGUUCACAGUCUUGGGAAGUGAGGCCGGAUUCACCCUGUAGGUUGAAAGGCCACUCUAACCCUGGCUCACAACUUGGGUUAUUGUGAACAGAACCUUCACUGGAGUCUUCAGGAAAACCCAAAUAGAGCUCCAGAGGCCCAGCAAGAUGAGGUCUGAUCCAGGCUUCACAACUUGCAGGCUGUAUCAUCUCGGGAAAGUCACACAACUCUACUGAGACUCCGUUUCCUCUUAUAUUACAGGGAAUAAAGACAGCUCCUGUUGGGAGGCAGCUGAGAGAUGGAUGGAGAAGACACGAAGGGUCCACCCAGUACCUAAUAUGUCUCAGGCACGCCAGAGUGGAUAAUGGUUCCUAUUAACCUUCUUCAGGUUCCCAGCACUGAUCUGCCAGAAGGGCACCCGAUAAAGGGAGACACACAAGCACAAAGAUUUGGUCUCUUAGACCAGGUCAAGAGAACAGCAGAAUCAGGAAAGGAAUUCAUUAGACAGCAAAGUAACCCCACCUCCUGUCCUGUCAGGCCUCCUGAGUCAAAGCAGUGUUCUGUAAAUGUGGAACCUGAAGAGGAGGGCAUACAUACUCUGUUUAACAUUUGUACAGCCAUCUAGUUGGCUACAUUUUUCCAUGCAGCCAGCAGAGGGCAGAGCUGACUCACACAACACCCAUGGAAAAGACCUCUUGAAAGUUCUGCUCAUUCUAAGAGAGACGAUGAGCCCCUGUAAUUAAUUUCUUAUUUUCCCUAUCCAUCUACCCAGGGCUCUUGGAGGCCUUACUGUUCCUGUGCCCCAGAACCCUCCUGUCCAAUAUAAUGCGUCGUUUUCCUCCUUGGUUGAGAGAGUCCUUUAUUAAAGAGUGGGACCAAACACAAAAAUGCUAUCCCGUGCAAUGCCUGUAGCAACGAUUUGCUAAGAACUAUUUUACAAAUGCAAUAAUUUAUUUUGCAAAUGCAAUCACUAAAGCCUGUUACAAUGUUACUACAGUCAGCAAGUAACAGAGCUCAGUUAAGUGUGGAGGUGAAUUCGGCAUGUGUGUGUUCUUUGUCUUCCCUCUGGCCUACAUUUUGUCUCCCCCUGGUGCUUAUGGGGGAGGAUGACUUACAAGUAGUGGCUGGCACCAGGCUCCAUUGAUUUUAAAACAUUUAUUUUAGGAUCUGAAGUAGAGGAGAGCCACAGGCUUAGUAAACAACCCUCUUUUGGGGGCUCCAGAAGUCUUUUUGCUUAAGGGCACCACCAGCCCAUGUCCCCAUUGUGACGUAUGCUGUGGCAUCCUAGAACUUUAUAAUCCCUGUACAGCACUGUCUUGUCCACUAGGACCACAGUCACCCUGAGCCUGGCUGGAACCCCAUGGUGUAAACAGUGCCACUCUGGUACUCCUGGGAAGAGCAUCAAAGGACACAAUAACUCCCUGCUGGAUUCUUGCUUCCUCUGGAGUCGAUCAUUUGUCUAGGCUGGCCUUGAACUCACUCUGUAACUCAGGCAAGCCCUGAGCUUGCAAUUCUCCUGCCUCAGACUCCUAGACUGCUGGUGCCGCCUAUGCCUAUGCCACCUGGUUCAUCUACUUCAGAAAUAUUUAGUCCAUUGACAUUUAAGUUGCUGGAGAAGCCACUGGUACAGUAGCCAUGUCACUGGGUUCUUUGGCCUUCACCCUCUUCUUGACUGUUGUUGCUGGUAUCAAGUGCAAUGGGACAGAAGUAUGUGCCGGAAGCCCUGGGAUCCCUGGCACUCCCGGAAACCAUGGUCUGCCCGGCAGAGAUGGGAGAGAUGGUAUCAAAGGAGACCCUGGACCUCCAGGUCCCAUGGGCCCUCCUGGAGGAAUGCCAGGUCUUCCUGGGCGCGAUGGGUUGCCUGGAGCCCCUGGUGCACCUGGAGAACAUGGAGAUAAGGGAGAGCCUGGAGAAAGGGGGCUUCCAGGGUUUCCAGCUUACCUGGAUGAGGAGCUUCAGACUGCACUCUACGAGAUCAAACAUCAGAUUCUGCAAACAAUGGGAGUCCUCAGCUUGCAAGGAUCCAUGCUGUCAGUGGGGGAUAAAGUCUUUUCCACCAAUGGGCAGUCAGUCAACUUUGAUACCAUUAGAGAGAUGUGUGCCAGAGUCGGUGGCCACAUUGCUGCCCCGAGGAAUCCUGAGGAGAACGAGGCCAUCGCAAGCAUUACAAAGAAGUACAACACCUAUGCCUACUUAGGUGUGAUUGAAGACCAGACUCCUGGAGACUUUCACUACCUGGAUGGGGCUUCUGUGAACUACACCAACUGGUACCCAGGAGAGCCCAGGGGUCGGGGCAAAGAGAAAUGUGUAGAAAUGUAUACAGAUGGGAAAUGGAAUGAUAAGGGCUGCCUGCAGUACCGGCUGGCCAUUUGUGAAUUUUGAUCAUGCAAUUAGAUGAAAAGAUAAAACUUCACACUGUCUUUAAGCCUCUAUCUUGAUGAUCCAUCUGGUCUGUAAGACCCUGUAACUACCUUUCAAGCAAAUUUACUUGUGGCCAUUAGAAUUAUAAGCAUCCUUAGUUACGCCAUCUCCCACAUGGC